AUGUUACUGCAUUCAGGUCUGUCAUCCUUCCUGUCACUUGCACAGAGGACGCUGGAGGAAGAGGAUGGCAGAGAGAAGGUGAAGGAUCCUCACUGCUGCAGGUGUCUGGGGACAUCCAUGCAUCUGUUGUAUUUGGUGGCACUGAAUUUGGACAUGAAGAUCUUUUCCCUUUUCUUUGCAGUUCUCCUCCUAAUGCUCCAGGGCACUUCAGGCUUCCUGCGUGCCCCCAACACUGAGGUGCAGUGCAGACAGGCUGGGGGGGUCUGUUCCAGCCACCACUGCCCCCCACCCCACACGAGACCCUUUGGACGCUGCCAGCAGGGAAUUCCCUGCUGUAGGACCGUGUAUGAUUAGUGACCACUGACACCUCAGAUGGGCUAACCAGAGUUUCUGGCACUUAAGGAAUGCAUCAUCCCACUGGAAAAUCUGGAAUUCUGAGCAAUAUGCAUUUGAGAAAUACUUGUACAUGCCACAACACAAACAACAGAAAAAGAACAAACCCCUCCACAAACAGCCCUAAUGACCUGAAGAAACUCCAAAGCAAUUCUUGAACCUCAUAGAAAGGACCAAUAUUUUUCAUUUUUAAUGAUGUUUUGCUGCUGAAAUUUUAUUGUGUUAACAUCUGUCCCAGAGAGGUCAUGAGCUGCAGGAGUCUGUGCCUGUGAGAGGAUGUAAAGUUCUUCCUUUGUCCCUCAGAACAGCUAUUCUUUUAUUAUUAUUAUUAUUUUAUUUUCCUUUUGGAAUCAUCAAUAAUGUGAGUAAUGCCAGAAUGCUCAGCUAAGGUGUUUGUAUUUCAUAGUCUGCACAUCACAAUAAAUUUCAAUAAACUUGCUGUGGUAGAUCUUA